AUGAUGAUCUUGAUAGCGUUUAUCGGGGACAAAGUCUUCUUCCUCUUACAUAAGCGUUCUGGAAGUUUCGGGUCGCGUCGCUUUGGUGUCCGAAGUGUCGAGAUAAAGUGUCGGGGAUUUUUAAGUGUAUUUGAAGACACGGGGAGACGCAGGAAAAGGUGGAACCAUAUCACAAGUACCAUCUCUAUUGUGGCUAACAACACAUUCAAGAAAUUUAAACAUUAUAUCAAGAACAACCAUGAACAUCAUUCGUUCUUUACUUCACUGAAAUCUUUAAAGGACGAUGAUAAUAUCAUCAUUACCAGACCAGAUAAUGGUCGGGGAAUCAUUAUCCUUAACAAAGACGAUUACCAAAACAAACUACAGUCCAUACUGGAUGAUAGCUCUAAAUUUAAACGAAUUAGCUGUGAUACUGCUAGUUAUCUUUUAAAGCUAGAAGACAAAUUGAAUAGGUUGUUACGCCCUAUAAAAACAUAUAUUGGGGAAGCCACUUAUAACCUUCUCACUACUUCUGGCUCAAAACCUGGUUUCUUAUAUGGCUUGCCUAAAAUACACAAACUUGGUCAUCCCCUUCGGCCCAUCAUUUCAGCAGUUGGUACUUUCAACUACAACAUUGCCAAAUUCUUAGCGAAGAUAAUCUCCCCACUAACGAUCAGUCAGUAUACGAUAGACAACUCCUUUGCUUUUGUCAAAGAAAUUUGCUCACUAAAACCCUUACGCCCUGUUACUAUGGCCAGUUUUGACAUAGAAUCACUAUUUACAAAUGUCCCACUAAGAGAAACAACAGAAAUAAUAGUUAACAAAACUACCACUUUGACUCUAAAUGAGUUUGGUCUGGACAAAACAACCUAUGGAAAACUUUUAGACAUCGCUGCUCACCAUUCAGUAUUUAUUUUUAAUGAAUCCCUUUACACUCAAGUUGACGGCGUAGCAAUGGGAUCACCACUUGGCCCUUGUUAUGCUAAUACUUUCCUUUGUUAUCAUGAACAAGCUUGGCUCAAUAACUGCCCUUCGAGCUUCAAACCAAUUUAUUACCGUCGAUACAUGGACGACACUUUCCUGCUUUUCAGUGACCCCUCUCACAUUAAUCCUUUUAUGUCUUAUCUUAAUUCACAACACCCCAACAUUAGAUUUACCUGUGAAGCUGAACAAAACAAUAAACUAUCAUUCUUAGACACUACCGUUACAUUUCAUAAUGGUUGUUUUUCUGUAAACACCUAUAGGAAACCAACAUUCACUGGCCUCGGACUUCAUUUUCUAAGCUACUUACCUCGCAUUUAUAAGCUUAAUAGCCUGAAAACACUAAUUAACCGAGCUUACAGCAUUUGUUCCACGUGGGCCAAUUUCCACACAGAAGCUAUGUAUUUAAAGGAUUAUUUUAUCUCGAAUGGAGCUGCACGCUAUGGUGAAGUACAGAAGAGGCAGAGGGUUAAAGAGGGCUCAUUUUCAUCGACGGUGACUAGUAAGGUGAAGAAGGCGGCCUGGAACACCGUAGCAGAAAGGGUUGACGCUGUCAGCACCUCGCAAAGGACUGCCGGUGAAGUCAAGCAAGUUGACCGUCUUCAAGUCUGCCACGAAGAAAAAACUGGCAAAGAGGAAUGA